AUGACUGGCCUGUCUAAGAGGAGUCUCAACAGAAGUUAUUGAGUUAGUCAGCUCUGCCCCUUCUGGACACUCAAUUGGCCUGGGAGGAGAACAUUUGUUUUCCCCCGAGAUCUAUUACAGCCUAAACCUGAGAUGAAACAGUGAUGGUGUGUGAUGGGGAAUGGCCUUCACAAUGCACACAACAGGCAGGCAGGGAAGGGCUUUAUUGGAGCAGUAUGUAAGGAGGACUGAGGAGGACUGUGUGUUCAGGUGCUGGUCCAAGCUGGGCUGGGGCUGGGGCUGGGGCUGGGGCUGGGGCUAGGCUGGGGCUGGCAGGGAGACGCCACACACAGAGAACAGGCCUGUAUGGAGCCAUCACUGGGUGUGCAGACGGACAGCUGGUAUUAAUAUCACAGGGUGCUGGUCUGCAGGGCCCUCGCACGGCACCGAUUCCGUUUCACUAGAUUUAAUGAAUCCCAUUCACUGAAUCAUGCGAUAUGGAUUUGGCACAGGGCUGAGCGGUGACUGCACGCUCAUGUCUUCCAGCUCCAGAAAAUAAAUGUCAUUCAUUUCAACUUCGACACAAUGGACCGCUAACGGCCUACCUCCUCUUCUCCCUUAUAACAGCUAGGAACACUGCAUAGACAUGUUGUCUUUUCCAAAGCAACAAAGAACAAUACACAUUAGAAUGAUGUUGUGGUCCCUAAGAUAAAGACAGAGGAUCAAUCUGCAGUUUUAGCCAUACAUCCCUCUGGGCUAGAGUGGUAAACUCCCCUACUACAGAAAUAGCCCUGCAGCUGUUUACUAGCCCUCCUAUCUCAGAUACCAAGGGUAUCAGCACACUAUGUGACCUGGGUCACUGCUCUGUUCGCUCCUCUGAUGACACCCGUGUGUGUGUGUGUGUGUGUGUGUGUGUGUGUGUGUGUGUGUGUGUGUGUGUGUGUGUGUGUGUGUGUGUGUGUGUGUGUGGGGGGGUCUUUCAGACAUCCGGGAGACAGCGUUUGUGUACGCCAUCACGGCGGCUGGCGUGACCCACACAGUGACUCAGGCCUGCAGUAUGGGGGAGCUACUGCAGUGUGGCUGUGAGGCGACCAGGAGCAGGGCUCCCCCCCGGCCUGCUUCCUCCUCCACCACCACCUCUGGCGAGGGAGUCAAGUGGGAGUGGGGUGGCUGCGGAGACGACGUGGAGUUUGGCUACGAGAAGUCCAAGCAGUUCAUGGACGCCAAGAGGAAAAAGGGCAAGAGUGACAUCAGGACGUUGAUCGAUCUCCACAACAACGAAGCAGGACGACUGGUAGUGAAUUCACUUUUCUGUUUUGAUAAGGAUUGUGGCACUUCUUUUGUACUUUUUAAUCCUUUAUUACAAAGGGUAGAGAUAGAGAGGAAAUAAUGCUGAAAGAGCCCCUUGCUGGCUGCGGUACAGUACAUGUGUUCCAGAGGCAGCAGCUUUGAACGCUAGACCACCCCAGGCUGUGAAUGAACUGUUUAUAAAUCAAACACACUCAUCUCCUAUGUUUUAUUUGACCUGUGCUGAUCUAAGCAAAAGUACAGGUAAGGAUACUUCUGAAAAGUUUUUUAUUAUGCUCACUAUCAUCAAGUUAAAUUCUUUCAUUUAUGUUGAUGUUUUUUUUAGAAACAAAGUUGAUAAUUAGGCCUAGAUGCUGAAAGUAUUCAUUGUUUAGCUGAAUGUUCCUCUUUUCAUCCAAUGCGUCAUCCAAGACAGCCUCUAGCCAUAGUUUUGUAACACUGUAAACUGAUAUUUUAACAACAAUCAUAUUUCUGAUAAAAGAAAACAAGUGUGAGCCACACAGUUUGCUUUCAAGGCUUUAAGGCAAGUAGCUGCUAAUUUUUCUCCUUGUAAAACUUUUAUAUUUUCAGGUCUUUGUCAAGGACUCAAUACAGUACAUGUAUGUUGAAAACAUGAAAUAUUGGAUUUACAAUGGCCUCCUUGUUGAUAGGGAGAGAGGAGCAUUUAGGAGGUUGUCUGCUCUUUUGAGAAGCUAAUUACAGGUUAUUGCUUUGAAUUUCCUGGGACUUUGCUCACCCCUGUCAGUAUUGCUUCAUCACAGUAUAUUACAUUGGCACACAAGCCAAAACCUUUCCAAGGGGUCAGAGACAGGUAAAUGGGGAGGAGUGGUUGUGUAGUUGGGCCAAUUAUAGUCUCAGGGAGACAGGUUUUGAACACAACAACAAGAAGCAAAGGUUGCCCACAUGUAGAAUAACAACAAAGUGAGGUUAAAGACUUAGGAGGUUAGAGGCAGGGUUUGGGGGGAGGGGGGGGGGGGGGGGGUAAAUUCCUUCUGAAUAGGGUCUGCUUUUAUCUCACCUAUCUAUCUCUGUGUCUUUACUACAGGCGGUGAGGAAUUAUAUGAGGACUGAAUGUAAAUGUCAUGGCCUGUCUGGGUCUUGCACACUUCGGACCUGCUGGAAAAAGAUGCCUCACUUUCGCGAGGUGGGUGAUCGCCUGCUGGAGAGCUUCAAUGGAGCUUCCAAGGUGAUGGGAGGCAACGAUGGCAAGACCCUGAUUCCCGUAGGCCAGAACAUCAAGCCUCCGGACAAACAGGACCUGAUCUACUCGGCCGAGUCGCCCGACUUCUGCUCGCCCAACAGGAAGACGGGCUCAUUGGGAACGCGGGGCCGCAUGUGCAACAGCACAGCCAUGGACGUGAGUGGCUGUGACCUGCUGUGCUGUGAGCGUGGCUACCGAGACGAGACGGUGGUGUUCGAGGAGAAUUGCCUCUGCCGCUUCCACUGGUGCUGCGUGGUGCAGUGUAAGAAGUGCUCGGUGAGGAAAGAACUCAGUCUCUGUCACUAGCAUUACCACAGAGAAGCUGGGUUGGUUUCAGGCCUGACCUCUUCUGCCUCACACGAAAGAUGCACUGAGAUCAAGCUCCCACAGUUCAAUUCAGGAGCACGCUGA